AUGUCGGCGCAAGAGACAGAGGCAGCAGUUGCGGCGCAACAGUCGCAACAUCUCGAACAAGAGGCGGCGGCUCUCGCUUCCGACAUCCUUCCCUUCUUCACGUCAGAAGCAUCCAUCGAGUCAAUCUGGUCGUCCGAACGCAUCGCUUUCAUCAACGAGCGACGAUCCAUCGUCCACGGUCAAAAGAUUUUCUUCGAUGAGCUGCUCACAUUCGCAUCCGUCGAUGCUUCCAUGUACCCUCCACGCUCAGAAGGACAGCUUUCUUCUCUGCUGAAAGCCAUCUUUGGUGCUACGACGCUCGACUAUCUCAAACAGCUCUCGCUCGUCUAUUACCUCUUGCUCGAUCUCGACGCAUAUACUCAGCACAUUGCCAACGAUCAAGGUAGCGGUGGUGCUGCGCCUUCUGCGUCCGCGGCUGAGCAGUUCGCCGACAACUUCGUAGUCCUACCUCAAUUCACCGAUGCAAUGCAAGGUUACUGGCUUCUCGACAACGAUCAGUACGAACAGGCUCUUCCUUUGCUCGCUGUCGCUGACUUCAUUCCUAAGAUCGUACGCACGCUCUAUCUCCCUUCGGCGAACGAGAAGCGAUCCGAUGUCGCACGAGCCAAGCUCCUUCUCCGUUUCCUUCGCACUUCGAACCAAGUCACAUCCUCUCCAUCCGGCUCCGAACCUUUCUUGCAAGAAGUCGAGAUGCAAAUACAAGCGCUCUGCUUUGUUUCUGGCCCGGCCCGCGCAUUCUCCGAAAUCCGUGCUCUCACAUCCUCCAUCCAGGAUGACGAGCAACGACGCGUCUCCAUCCGAGCCAGACUCAUCUUUAAGGUUCUCGAACACUGUUUUGCUCCACCACGCUCAGCUGCUAUUCAGAAUCUUCUCGCAUGCAGUCUUGACCCGGAAGAAGAGGUGACCCUCGAAAGUUUCGUUCUUUCCCCACCAGCAGCAAUGACCGCUACUUGGAGUUAUGUCGCUGCCGAUGUCCUCAUCAUUCGUUAUAUCAGUCAGGGAAGGUACAUGGAUGCGGUGGGAUUGGAUCGCAGAUUGGGGCCUGAUGUCAGUCAAGGUCAUUCGACGGCAAAGGAUGCUCAACAGAGGAGUAAGAUGAUGGAGCAGAGAAAGAGGAUGAUUGCUGGUGCAAGGGGAAUUUUGCCAGAAGUGCAGAAGGAGUUGUUGAGGAUUGAGGAGUCUGCUGAGAUCAGCGGUGGUGUUGAUGCUGAUAGUGUUGGCAAGGAGCAAGGUGCGAAUGGUGGAGGUGUGAAUGGCAAGGUCGCGGUGAAUGACUUUUCAGAUCGCUCUGGAUUGGUUCAUACUCCGCUCAGUGCCUCACCUGCGGCUAGGAGGAUUAAUCAUCAGACUCCCACUACCCAAGCAGCGAUCUUGUCAGCGGUUGUGCGCGCUUCUGCUUCGCCUUCUGCACCUAGCACGCCCAGCAAAGCAGCUGUUUUGGGCACCGCUUCUCCAGCAAGUGUGCGAUCAGGCAGCGGUACACCUGUCCGAGCUGGUUUGACUCCACAGAACAACCCAGCUGCAAUGAUCGGUUUCCUUGCUAAGAAUGCACUCAGUGGCCAGCGCUCCACCCCUGACGCUGAAUCUCAAACAGAUUCCACCCACGCUGUUGCACAGGACGAGAGCAUGCAAGACGACCUCGAAGAGAUGGACGGCUCAACCGUACUCGUUUCCAAACGCUCCGAAGCAGCCAAGCCUUCUGCACCAGCUUCACCAUGGAGGAACCAACCCAGCUUGACAUCCAGCAGUCCCUUCUCUGGUUUGCCUAAGCUCACACGUCCUGCCUUCCCCUCCAGUGCCACUGCCGGAGGGGCUGCAUCCAUUGCAUCCGGAUCUCGUUCGCCUUACGCAUCUAGUCCAAGGGGCGCAUUCCAACCAGCAAUCACAUCACCCUUUGCCUCGAGCUCCAUGCGCAGCUCGCCCUCACUCAGCAGUAGCACUAGUGCCCGUGGCAGAAAGCUUUCCGGUGCGAUCGGACUUGUCUCUCAACACGGCAGAAAGAGUCGCCUCGGUCGGGAAGAACAGAGCUUUGACGCGAUGGAAAAUUCCGACGCCGAAGAACAAACCCGUGACGACGCAGAAGAUUUGGGAGAUGACACCUUCGUCCAAACCCAAUCAAAGAGCAAAAAUGGCGAUGUGUCCAUCGGCCGUCUUGUUCCCGGCCGUCGUGGGUGGAAAGAGACCCAAGAAGAAGGCGAAAGCGAGAUGCAGGAAGUUCUCAACGAACCGCAGACCAAGCGUCGUACGCGAAAAGCGGCAAGCCCAACAAAGAAAAUGACUCGAUCGCGCACUGGUGUCAAUCUCGCCUCUUCCUCCACUAACGACAACGCCGACCAAGGUUCAGGUCUGACCAAGAGCAGAUCCGAAGUUUCACUCUCUGGCAAGCGCGCAACUCGUUCCACGAGCGCUGCUAAUCGCAAGCCUUUGACGCUUUCGAACCUUGAACAGCAUUCGAAAGAGGAUGUUGGAUCGGAUGCUGCUCCGAUCGCAAGACGAACUAGAGCGGCUACGGCGGAACAAGGAAGCGUUGCUGGAUCACAGGCGCAGGGUGGUGGUGCUAGUACUAUCUAUACUAUUAGUGAGGUCGGUGGAGAUGAUGAUGUACCGACCAAGUCUCCUGUCAAGAGGAGGACGAGGAGGACUGCAGCGGGUGGGAAGGGAAGUGUUAGGAGAUCGAGUAGGAUAAGUAGUGUCGAACCCGAGAGCGGUGGUGGGGUCCCAGAGAUGAGUGAAGUUAAUUCUCUAGCAAAGAGGAGAGGUGGAGCUGGUGGUAGAAGGACAAAGAUGCCUGGCGGUCUCGAGUAG